AUGUCUGACUUCGGCGACGACGAUGUCGGUGGCGGCGACGAGCCCAUGUACGAGGACGAGGGCGCCGACUACUGGGACCCCGAGGUUCCCGUCGAGGACGAGGAAGUCGGUCGAGCUGAGGGCGACGAAGAAGAUGCCGAUAACGUCGUGGUGUCGGGAGAUCCGUCCGCGGCGGCGAACGCGGGCAAGGGCAACGAGAAGUCGCACCGCGACAAGAAGAUCCCCGACGACCAGCGCACCACCACCCCCUACAUGACAAAGUACGAGCGCGCUCGCAUCCUCGGUACCCGCGCCUUGCAAAUCAGCAUGAAUGCGCCAGUGCUGGUCGACCUGGAAGGUGAGACGGAUCCUCUUCAAAUCGCCAUCAAGGAGAUGCGCGAGAAGAAGAUUCCUCUUAUCGUGCGCCGAUACAUGCCCGACGGAUACUACGAGGAUUGGACCUGCGAGGAGCUUCUCCAUCCAUUCGCUUUCAAGAUGCUUGCACCGUCCGCCAUCAUCGCAGCGGCUCUCCCGCUGCUUCUCCUGCAAUCCGGUGCAGCAUCAGCUCGUGUGAUGCCUCGGGCCGCCAACUACACUCAGGAAGCCAUCGAUUCUGGUGAAGCUCUCGGAGAUCUUCACACACAGGCUUACAACAAUGCCCUGGCGCGGUUGUCUGCCAAUGGCAGUUCUCAGUGCACACAGGACAACGUCAGAAUUCGUCGUGAAUGGAGAAACAUGCCUGGCGAAGACCGGAUCGCCUACACCGACGCCGUCACUUGCCUUCAGUCCAAGGCACCCCUCUACACCGACAUCGCAGGGUCUAAGUCCAUGUUCGAUGACUUUGUGGCCCUUCAUCAGAACCUGACUGGCUAUGUUCACAUGUCGGCAACUUUCCUCCUGUGGCAUCGAUACUACAUCCACACAUACGAAGAGAAGCUGAGGACCGAAUGCGGCUACACCGGAACUCUCCCUUACUGGGAAUGGUCCCUCGACGGCGACGACCCCGCCUCAAGCCCCAUCUUCGACGGCUCCGCGACCUCGAUGGGCAGCGACGGCAGCGCCGUUGAGCACGACGGCCUCGUCCUCAACAGCACAGUCCAAGUCAUCACCCUGCCCGCCGGCACCGGCGGCGGCUGCGUGACCUCGGGCCCUUUCACCAACAUGACGACCCACCUCGGGCCACAGGCGAUGCCGAACCUCGGCUCCGUCGUCUCCGACAACCAGGACGACCCAACCGCCGACAACCCGCGCUGCCUGAAGCGCGACCUGAACGGCUACGUCCUGCGCACCUGGGCCAGCUUCCGCAACGUCACGGACCUCAUCACCGACUACGACAACAUCGAGUGGUUCCAGGGCAUCGCUCAGGGGCAGACGGAGUACUCUGGUCUUGGAGAGCUGGGCGUCCACGGCGCGGGGCACUACGCCUUUGGUUUGGACCCCGGUUCUGAUGUCUACAUCAGCCCUGGCGACCCGGUCUUCUACCUGCACCACACCCAACUUGACAGAGUUUACUGGAUCUGGCAGAACCUCGAUUGGGACAACCGUCAAACCAUCUUCGGCACCGGCACGAUGGAGAACAGCCCGCCCAGUGCCAACGUGACGCUCGACGACCUGCUGGAUUUGGGACCCCUGAACGACCAAAUCGCCAUCAAGACUGUGAUGGACACCAUCGACGGGCCUCUCUGCUACCUCUACGCGACGGACUAA